CAGAGACUUGAACACUUCCUUAACCACCAUUGAAGAUUUGUUGAAGUCGGUCCACCGGGAGAACCGACCGUGGUUCUCCACAAAAAACAACAACUAAGCAGACACUUCGCGGGCUCAGCGGAAGAGGCUUCGGUGAGAAGUCACGAUGGCACCCUUCCUGCGUAUCACCUUCAACGAUUAUGACGUGGGCGUCCUGCCUCCUCUGGCUGAACCUCCCAUCUGCGCCAUCAAGAUGAAGGAGUCCGUCAACACAGAGCGAGGAAAGACCUUGGUCCAGAGGAAGCCCACUAUGUACCCGGCCUGGAAAGCCACGUUUGAUGCUCACAUCUACGAGGGCCGAGUCAUCGAAGUGGUCCUGAUGCAGAGCGCCGAGGAGCCGCUGGCCAAGGCCACGGUCGGCGUGUCGGUGCUGGCGGAGCGCUGUAAGAAUUCCAAGACCAGCGGCAAGGCCGAGUUCUGGUUGGACCUGCUUCCUUCAGGGAAGGUCCAGAUGGCGGUGCAGUUCUUCUUGGAGGACAGUGAUGCAGUGAUGUGUCAGCCAUCCAUGAAGGUGUCUUGUGAGGAGGGACUCACGACCCUCAACAGGAGGAGAGGAGCCUUCAAGCAGCCCAAAAUACACAUCAUCAAGAACCACGAGUUCACCGCCACCUUCUUCGGCCAACCCACCUUCUGCUCCGUGUGCAGAGAGUUCGUCUGGGGGCUCAACAAGCAAGGCUACAAGUGCAGACAAUGCAACGCGGCAAUCCACAAGAGAUGCAUCGAUAAAAUCAUCGGCAGGUGCACCGGCACGGCAGCCAACAGUCGGGACACCUUGUUCCAGAAGGAGCGCUUCAAGAUCGACAUGCCGCAUCGCUUCAAGCAACAUAACUACAAGAGCCCCACUUUCUGUGACCACUGUGGCAGUCUGCUCUGGGGCCUCUACAAGCAGGGCCUCAAAUGUGAAGAAUGUGGCAUGAACGUACACGCUAACUGUCAGAAGAAAGUGGCCAACCUGUGCGGCAUCAACCAGAAGCUACUGGCAGAGGUUCUGUCUCAAAUCAGCCAGAAAUCUAUCAGGAAGUCUGAUGAUUCCAGUACAGAAGACAUCGGGAUCUAUCAGGACUGCAACAGUGCAACAGUGGACUCUGGUGGAGACGGCAAGGCGCGCGAGGGCUUGAGCCCGGGCGGCCCGGACACACCUACAGUUCCCCGGGUACGCCUCAACGUGAACCACCUGGUGUUCCACAAGGUGCUGGGAAAAGGCAGCUUCGGCAAGGUGCUGCUGGCGGAGCUGAAGGGGAAGGACCAGUACUUUGCCGUGAAGGUCCUGAAGAAGGACGUCGUUCUCAUGGACGACGACGUGGAGUGCACCAUGGUGGAGAAGAGGGUCCUGGCCCUCGCCUGGGAGAACCCCUUCCUCACGCACCUCUACUGCACCUUCCAGUCUAAAGAGCACCUCUUCUUCGUAAUGGAGUACCUGAAUGGAGGCGACUUGAUGUUCCACAUCCAAGACAAAGGGCGCUUCGAUCUCAACAGAACCACAUUCUACUGUGCCGAGAUAAUAGUGGGACUGCAGUUCCUCCACUCUAAAGGAAUCAUCUACAGAGAUCUGAAGCUGGACAAUGUGAUGCUGGACAAAGACGGACACAUCAAGAUAACCGACUUUGGCAUGUGCAGAGAGAGCGUGUUCGGAGACGUCAAAGCCACCACGUUCUGUGGAACGCCGGACUACAUCGCACCGGAGAUCCUCCUCGGACAGAAGUACACCUUCUCUGUGGACUGGUGGUCCUUCGGCGUGCUGGUGUACGAGAUGCUCAUCGGCCAGUCGCCCUUCCAAGGCGACGACGAGGACGAGCUGUUUGAGUCCAUCAGGUCGGACACCCCCCACUACCCUCGCUGGAUCACCAAGGAGGCCAAGAGCCUCAUUGAACAGUUGUUCGAGCGAGAUCCCAGUCGCCGGCUGGGAGUGGUGGGCGACGUCCGUGCCCAUCCCUUCUUCAAAACCAUCAACUGGCCAGUGCUGGAGAAGAGAGAAAUGGAGCCUCCCUUUAAGCCCAAAGUGAAAUCCGCCAGCGACUGCAGCAACUUUGACCGGGAGUUCCUGAGCGAGAAGCCGCGGCUCUCCCACGCGGACAAGAACCUCAUCGAUUCCAUGGACCCGGCGGCGUUCGCCGGCUUUUCCUUCAUCAACCCCAAAAUGGAGAGCAUGAUCAGCAAAUGAAGAGGAAACACAUGUGCUCCGUUUGGGAACGCGGUCUUCGCCCCUGGAUUUGGGUUCGAGUUGAACCCGGAUGGAUAACGGGAACAUGGAAAAGAUUUUGGGACUUGACUGUGACUUCUAUCGUUCCUCCAUCAGAGGACGAGAGAGAUCAACUGUAUAGGUGUAUAAAAGAAUAUAACGCUCCAGGAAAUUAAGGGAGGUUCUUAUGAUGAAUGCUGGGGGGGGAGUCAAUGAUGCAUUCUGUCUUUCCUUACUCUUCUGUCAUUUCGCCUCGUGAUGACACCUCGGAUAUCAGCAGAUCAUCGACCGUACUGUAAUUAUAAUUCGCAGGAUCUAAAUCCCUCUGAAUUGAAGUUCCUCCAUCGCCUUCUGUCUCGAGGAAUGUGGGCGGUGCUCUAAGCACAUCCCAGAGUCUCGCAUUAACCUGAAAAGCAUUAAUCUGGUUUCAGUUUUUGUCUCGUGUUUUAAAAGCUCUCGCUGAAAGUCCAACUGAAGCGGCGUGCAAACAAUCGCUCUGCACUCAAUAUUGAUUUUUCUGGGCUGCCGUCACUUAUUGGACAGCAGUGUUAUGGUACUUAACCUGUAUCUGUGCUGAAGGAUGUGUGAUUUUGUGUGGGAGGUAUGGGCAUUGGGUCUUUUUUAAAAUGUGUUAUGUUACUUUAAAUGUAGGGAUUUUUAACAUGAAAAUAAUAAUGCUGUAUAUGGAAAAUUUAUGUGUACAUUCCAAUGAGCUGCCUGUGAGUUAUGGGUGUCCUUUUUUACUUAUCUUUUACAUCUGAUUAUGAAUAAAUACGUUGUAAACUCUUAAA